UCUCCGGAGUUUUUUCAGGGGGGUUGGGCGGAGUCCGGUAAGCUCACUGCUUCCUCGGAUCAGCUGGAGUUAGGAGUUCGGAAGGAAAGCACUCUCAAAGGGAGUGGCGAACGGAGUGGCUGUUCUAUUGGAGUGGGGGAUAAACUCUAUAAUAUAUUAGUGAUACGUUAUUACUUACUACUGACUUUUACUCAAAGUAUUUUGUUGAAUCACAACAUAGGUCUAGAAACCGACCGGCAAACUCGCUAGAAGGAAUACUACGCGUUAGAGAAACAAGGCAGAAAACAGUAAAGGUUUCUUAGAAUCUCCAAGAACUUCAUUUAUAAACCGCGACAGGGAUUUUCUGGAAAACGAGCAACUCUGUGAUUGACAUCGUGCCUGUCAUCGUUUUGUGAUGUCAUUUUUAUAACACCUGAGGCCAAGAUGAGAGCAACAGCCCACCUGACGGCUUUGGGCGUGAUAGCGCUGACGGCUUUCGUCGCGGGCGCGUUUGACGAGGGCGCAGACGAUGACGUAGCCACCGUCCAGGGUGGAGCAUUCGACCCCCACCCACUGUAUGAGUCCUUGCAGGCCAGGAAGAGGCAGCUGAACAAUGAAGAAGAAGAAGAAGAAGAAGACAAUGGCACUCCGAAGUCGGUUCAAGAUGGCGAUUACGGGGAUUCUGUCGACGGUUAUAAUCUCCCCGACUCGUAUUCAUCAGCUCCAUCUUACGCCGAUCCGUCACUUCUCUCAGCUGUGAUGACACAGGCGGAUGAAGCGAAUUUCCGAUAUCCAAUUCAAACAACGGUGCCUCCGGCGAGCGAUCUCUCAGCCUCGGGAAGUGAAGUGGAUCCUGCGCUGUCUCAGCCUGAGACGAAUGAGAUCAACCCUUUCGAGCUCUUCCCUCCACAGUUCCACGAGCUUCUUGAAAUUCCCCUUCACACUUACGCCAACGGUUCGUCGUAUAGUCCUCACACCCGUCAGCAGAGUCUCCCGAUGGGUCCGUUUAUUUCGAAAGGUUACGCCAACACCAAGAUUCAAGGUGGCAUUAAAGUUCAACCCCAGGCAGGGCAAGACACUCCACAAGUUGCCUACGCGCCGAAGCCAGUGUUUGGCGACAGAUCUGAGUACUCUGGAACGCAAGACCGAGGCUCAUUGCCAAAAUCGCCGAUUUCGACGACUUCCAAAACAACUACCAGAACUAGAGAAGAAACAACUACAACUAAAGAGGAAACAACAACAACAACAAAGACAACUACAAAAGCAGCUAUAACCCCUGAGAUUAUUACUACCACUUCUAAGACUACUACUCCUCAGAUUACCACUACAACUUCUCAGAUUACUAAUACAGAAGCUCCAAAAAGAAAAAUUUAUGCCUCACCGCCUCCCCGCAGCUCUGGAAGGCCAAUAAUAACAAGACGUCCCACAACAAAUGUUCACCAGACUACGCCUUACACCAAGCCAUCUCAUGUAUCUUCACAUUCAAGUUCUAUUGAUGAGGAUGAUUUUCUCAUACCUUUGGAAGACACAUAUCCUCCUGAAACCUCUCAUUCAACACCUUACCAGUAUGAAACAGAUAUACAUGAAGAUGACUUGAGUGAACAUGACAUUCAACCCAAAAUUCCUAACAAUUUGCCUCCCUUGAGGUACACACGACGUCCAACAACUGAAACCUCAACAACACGUUACUUUACUACAUCACAGUCAACGUCUCAUCCUACAAUUACAUGGACAACUACAACCACAAAACCAAGUUACUUUUCUGAGGUCUAUGACAUUACAGAGCGGCCAACUCCAACGCAGUUAUCUAGGGGGAAACCUUAUGGGACAAGAAUUCCACCAUCCACACUGAGUACAAAUCCAACUGUUAAUAUACUAAGUCCUUUACCUAUAACACCAGUGCACCCUGAACCUCUGAAAGAAGAAAGAGUAACGCCUCAGCCAAACACUCCUUCCACUACUAUAGCCACACCAAAGAAAGAGGUGGAAAUUUUCCGCCCUUCUAAAACUGAUCCUUACAUAAGGCCUCGCUUCCCAACAACAACCUAUCAGCCAUCUUUUCCACCAGGGCACGGAUACUUCUCACAAGAUUCUCCAGAGGUUUUGCCUCCAGUGGUGAACACCUUUGAAGAAUCUACAAGACCCUCAGUGCAGUCUGAAAUAGUUGGAAGACCAGCUCCAGUACCAUCGCCACCUUCCCUCCCACCACCUCCUCAACCACCAAGUCUACCUUUCCCUCCUCAUCCUCCUCCUCCACCAUUACUUGCUGGACCCCCAUCUUUCCCACCUCCACAUCCAUCUACAAGCAUUCCACACCGGUCACCACCUUCUCAAGCUAGUAGCCAACCAACUUUCCUACCACCACCACCGCCACCAGCUCAGCCACAAAGACCAAUAACACCACCAUCAAGAAAAGAUAGGCCAGCACUAGUCCCACCACGACAUGAAAGGCCGGUAUCACUUCCACCACGACGAGAGAGACCAGGUUUGGCCCCACCACCCCUGCCUCCUCCUCCAGAAUUUCUCAAUAAUGAGAUAAUACCACCACUUCCACCAGCAUCUUUCUUUAAUUCACCACCUUCAUUCACUAGGCUACCUUCAGAAAGGCCAACACAUCCUCCAUCUUUCAGACCCCCAACACAGCAAGCCCAUGUUCCACACCCUAGGCCUGGAGUAACACAGUUCCCUAGUUCCAGUCAUCCUAUGAGAAUUCCAAGGCCUCGACCUCAUAACCGUCCUUCCGUUCACCCAAGUAUACCUCCGUCUUUCCAGAAGGUUCAUCCAGCAAUCACCCCUCCACCAUUACCUCAUGAUUUACCAGAAAUGGAACUUGGCUUUACAUUACCUGCAGAAGCAGGAAAUCUCCCAAAACGCCCUCCACAACAUAAUGAAAUACGAAGAAAUCACGUAGAAAAUAAUGCCCCAAAUAUUCUACCUCAAUUCAGACCAAAUGCACAUCAAAAUCACGAAACAUUUGGUUUCCAAGGUCCUUCAGACAGAGUAUUCAGACCUCAUCCUCGUCCUCAAAGGCCUGAUAAACGUCCAGCUGUAUCAAAACGGCCUUCAUUCUUGGAAAAUUUCAAUUUCUUUGGACGCACCCCAGUUAACAGGCGCAGGGGUGAAACAGGCCCUGGGAGUGAUAUUAAUAACCCAACAGAUAAGGCUCCAAACAAACAAAAUAUGGUAGAUAAAACUGCAGGCAUACAUUAUCAGUUGACCCAUGGUCCUCUGCCGAAAAAUGCCCAAAGAGUUGUGGUAAUUGGACCGUUCAAAGAGCCUCCGCCAGGUGCUCCUAUAAUCCCACCACCUAAGAAUAAUAUGACCCCACAUCUUAACUUAUCUAUGCAACCACCUCCACCACCUCCCCCUUUACCAAGCAGAAAAGUUGCACCUCCACCAUUGUUAAAUCAUGAAAAUUUGUCUCCAGAGCUGCAUUCAUCUAACACAGGCCACUUUGACCAAGCAGCUGAUCGUAUGGGUGCAGGUCAUUUAUUACAUCAAAAUGUCCCUCAAGAGUCCGAAAACCAAAUGAAUUUCCCAGCAGAAGUUCCAAUACAGAAAGGUGGAAAAAAAGAGACACCUGACGUCAUCUAUGGUCAACCAUUCCACUUGGGAGCAAACAGAAGGGGUCCCUCAGCACCAAACACAGAUCCCACAUCUCAGCCUAAAUUUAAUGUAAUGGAAGAAGUUAGCGAAGAAGAUAAAGAAGCAAUCAUAGCUGGAAAAUUCAGAUUCCCACCAAUGUCAGUAGACAGAUUUGGUGCUGGAGAUGACUCUGCAUUACCACAAAAUGUCAUUCCUUUUCCUGUGCCGAUAAUGACACCAGAGGAUAACUCUGCUACUAAGUGGUCAAUAUUCGGAUUCGGGGCCCCACCUCAACCAAAGUCACCUCCACCAGUUCCAGAACUGGUGGCUGCUGAGCCCUUCCAAAUCCAAAGAAAUCCUUUGCCUAAAGCAAGUGCCCUUCGCUCGUCACCACCUGUUCCUUCUAAUUUACUAAACUUGAAGAAUCAGCAAAAUGUGCCAAAUCAUGGCGCCCUAAAAGAAUAUCCAUCAAGAUAUAGUCGACCAGCCUCAUACACACAUCCCUCACAGACCUCUGAUUCGACAAAUACACAACAGAAUCACUUAAAUGAAAAUAACUAUCACAACAUUAACAACACUUUUACCACAGAACCCUCAACUUCCCCAACUACACCAACACCAAAGGUAGUUACAUUCAUGCCAUUUUCAGUUUCAAGUGUAACAUCUAAAUCUUAUAGUCCAAGACCUGUUUACCACCACACAACAACAUCUACAGAAAGGCCAGCAACAGUGACAGAAGGAACCAAUCCCACUACAACCACUGCAAGAACAGAAACCACACCAACACAGAGUCCUUCUACAACACAGCCUGUAACACCUAUGCGUAUCACAGAGUACCCGUCCAGCAAUUACCACACAAUUGUAAACAGAAAAGAGACUGAAAAUAUUGGAGAUGGUGGCUUCAAAGCACCAGCCAUAUCAUCCUCAGCAUACUCGGGAUGGCAAGCUGUGGGUGCACCACGACUACCAUCAACUGGUCCAGGAGAUGGUUUAAGUCCUGUGGUGUCCUACGUUAAAGAGAACAUCCCCGAUAUUCUUAUAAGGCCUACAACAAAUACAAAUACAUACCAAAACGACAAUGAUGACCCUGAUAUCGUAACGGGGGUCAUCAGUGAUAGAAUGGGCCUAGUGGAUGAUGGUGAUGAUGGCCAACUUGUCAAAUAUUCGUCUCGAUUCAACGUCGAAACGCCAGGAAUCGUGAGAAGUUACUGGGUUAAACCCCCAACACUUGCUUAAAUAUUCCAAGCCAGUCUUUGAAAUUAAGAGGAAACAAGAGAACAUAACUUGUGAGUUAAUGUUACUGAACGCAUUAUUUUUCAUCCUUUAAUACUUACUUGAUAGUGUAAUGACCUGCAGUUUGCAGCAAAUGGAAUAUGAAAGUUCUUGCUGCAUUAAAGAUCUCUGGGCCUUGCUCAGCCAUGCUGUCAUAACAGUUCAGAAGCGGAACUAAAAACAUAACAAAACUAUGAAUAUACUGUGUGUCCAAAUGAUCAUAGUAUUUAACAUUAUUCGUUGAAUUUCAUGGUAAGAAACGACGUUAAAUCAUGAUUUUGGCAAUAAUCAGGAAAUAAAUCCCAGAAGCUUGAUGGCCAAGUGUAUCGAUAUCUUGACAGUUUAGCAAAGAUAUUUCAAUUCCUUGUCACUGAUGUGAUUACUAUUUUAGUUGAGUUUUAGUAUUAAAGGAAACAGUAACUCAUAAUGGGCAUUGUUUGCGUUGCUAAUCUGUAAUGAUCACUGAAUAAGAUAUAAAAAUGGGUGCAGGAAAACCUCCACAUUUUCUAAAUGGCGACGUCAGUUUGUUUAAAGAAUUGUUAUCAGAGACUAAUUCUUGACCUCAGCCAAAAAUUCUGCUUUUGACUCUGAUUCAUGAAGUGUGUUAGUUUAUGAUGUCUCUCCUAUCUUUCUUUGUUCUAGAGUAUGGAAUUGGCUUGGCCUGUUGUUAAAACACAAUUUGCCUGUGAGAAAACGCUACUUGCGUUUAUCCAAGCAAGCACAGAAAAGAUAUCACAAGUAUAAGUGCGGUUACGUGAAUCUGAUAAAAUAUAAGAAGUCCCUCUGAAAAAUUGUGAGUUUUAAGGGGUCGGGGUA